AGGAGGUGUCGACAUUCUCCAUUUUGAUUUCAGAUUUUCCCCGGAAAAUUCGAACACCGUCUCUCCGUCGCGAUCGAUCAAGCUCAGAAACCUCUCACUCACUCUCUCUCUCUGAGACACACUCGUCGACCGCCAUGAACGCUUCGCCUUCGCAGAUGGUGCCGCUUCCUCUUUCCGUCGAGGACGCGAUACGCCGAAUCUGCACUGAUCAGAACCAGCCUCCCCCGAACGCGUCGACUCGGAGGAAGCUCGCGUCGCUCAACGAAGAGGCCGCGCUUCGGGUCCUGAGGUCGACAGCCGCGACGAAAAUCAAGUGGUCCAUCGACGGUCUGAUCUCCCGCAUCAUCGAAAGCGGCACCGGCGCCGGCGCCGGCUCUUGUCCCUCGCCGUCUCCGUCGAAGAUCGCUCGCAUGUCCUUGAAUGAUCAAAGUCCGGCCCACAAUGGAUUGGGAAGCUCUCCUGUGCGAGAUCAACAGAUUGGAAGUCCGAGACUUCUUCCGAGUUUGCAAAAUUGGAAUGGACAAGCAGUUAGCCCCCACAUGAAGGCGUUGAGCGAACUGGAGUUUAGAAAAGCAUUUCUUAUUCUAAACUACAUUGGGGAAGGAAAUCUUGAAGAUGCCAUAGACAGCGAUAGGAUUCGACUGCUGAAAGAUCUCAGAAUGAUCGAAUUUGAGGAAGUGGUCUGGAAUGCCAUUGGGCGGUUUCGUGUCAAGAAAGAUGACCGUUGUAAGCAUGUUGACUGGGAUUCUGGAAGGACACAUUUCUACCAUUGUCACGUUUCACCUCAGGGGUGUUAUUGUUUUAAAGGACCUUACCUUAAUAAGACGAGAACACUUCUACAAAAGGCAUUAGGAGAUGAGAAUGUUCUCCUUGUCAAGUUGGCAGAAGAGAUGUCGGAUGAUACUCUUACUAUGUAUAGAAAGAUUGCAAAGGAAGGGAUUCCUGUUGGUUUGCGUCGAUACAAGUUCUUCGUGUUUAAGGAUGGGGGCAAAGAAGAGAGAAAAAGAGACCCUACUACAUCCUCUGUGAGGUGUUACUUUGUUUGCAUGGAGUGCGAGGCACUUAAAGAAAGGAAAACAGUACAUGAAGCUAGAUGCUUCUUCAUGCAUGCACAUACAGUGUCCAGCAUAUCCCGCUACAUGAUACGGUUGUCUCUUAUCUUGUCCAAGACCGUUAGCUUGGAAGUUGACUGGAAUCGAGUGACGAUUGAGAGAAUUAAGGAUAAGGAUUGCAAGCAGGACAAAGAGGGAAAUUCCAUCUAUGAUAAGAACGGAAAACCACUUAUACAUACUGAUGGAACUGGAUUUGUUUCCGAGGACAUAGCUUUGAAGUGUCCUGGAAAUAUUUUCAAGGGAAGAGGUGUGAUUGCUCCUGCUUUUAAGGGAUUUGCUGGCUGCGGCGAUGAUGAGCAGAUACUUAGAGAGGGCAUCUGUGAUCCGCCUUUGCUGAUUCAGUGCCGUCUAUACAAUGAUGGUAGAGCCGUCAAGGGAACUCUUCUCCUUGAUAAGCAACUCCCCCCUCAUACAAUUCAUAUUCGACCGUCGAUGAUCAAGGUUGAAAAGGACCCUAAGCUUUCAGAUAUCAGGACCAUUGAAUCACUGGAAAUAGUACAAACAAGCAAUAAACCAAAGCCUGCGUGUCUUUCAAAGACCUUGAUUGCACUUUUAAGCUAUGGUGGGGUCCCGAAAGAAUUUCUUUUGGACUUGCUGGAGAGUGCUCUGGGAGAUGCAAAUAGUGUCUUCUCUAGUAAACGAGCGGCUUUAAGAGUUUCGGUGAAUCAUGGUGAGAAGGAUGGUUUCAUCGCGGCCAGAAUGAUCUUAUCUGGGAUUCCUCUGGACGAAACAUACCUACAGAAUCAUCUAUCCGAACUGAUGCAGGAUGAAAAGAAGAGUUUGAAAGGAGGAAGGAUUCCUAUUCCAGAUUCUUACUAUCUUAUGGGGACAGCCGAUCCCACAGGAAUUCUUAAAAGUGAUGAAGUUUGUAUUAUUCUUGACAGUGGACAAAUUUCAGGGAAGGUAUUAGUAUACCGCAAUCCUGGUUUGCAUUUCGGAGAUAUUCAUGUUUUGAACGCUACAUAUGUGGAAGCAUUGGAAACAAAAGUUGGAAAUUCCAAGUAUGCCAUAUUUUUCCCCACUAGUGGACCGCGCUCCUUGGCCGAUGAAAUAGCUAGUGGGGAUUUCGAUGGGGAUAUGUAUUGGGUUUCACGGAACCCUCAGCUGUUGAAGUACUUUACACCGAGCCAGCCAUGGGUAUCUGCUUCUGCAGCGCAAGACAUGAACUGCAAGAAGCCAAGUGACUUGUCUUUUGAGGAGUUGGAGUGUGAGUUGAUUGAUUUAUGGUUGAACACUAGAUUUAACCCAAGUUACACAGUGGGUGUUGCAGCUGAUAGUUGGCAGGCAUUGAUGGAUCGUCUUCUAACGCUUGGUAGUGAUCAAGUUGAUGAAAAACGUCGGGUGGAGAGAAACCUUUGUCAGUUGAUUGACAUAUAUUAUGAUGCCUUAGAUGCUCCUAAGAAUGGUGGAAUAAAGAUUAAAGUUCCCAAACUUUUGAAGGCAGAAACUUUCCCACAUUACAUGGGAAAGGAUAAUUCCAUUUCCUUUCGCUCCAAAUCUAUCCUCGGAUUGAUUUUUGAUACGGUAGAAUCAUACCAGGCAGAAAUUCCAACCGGCAAAGGGAUCUGGAAGAUCCCAUAUUUUGAUGUGGAAAUCCCGAAUGACUGCCAAAUGGAGUGGGGAAGACGCUACCCCGAAUAUAGAAAGGAGAUGGAAGCUGCUCUAAGCCAAGGUGCAGAAGGGAAGGAUUGCUCCCCAGAUGAUGUAAUAAAGAAAUAUAAGCAGUUGCUAUAUGGUGCACCGGAUUUCGAAGAGAGCCCGAGGAGGUGGGACGAUAUUUUCAAUGAGGCUCUCGCGAUCUAUAACAUUUCGUACGAGUACGCGACAGGAAGGCAUGCCGCGAUCGGAGGGAAAGCCAUCGGCUUAUGCGGAUUCGCUUGGAAAGUGGCAGGUCCUGCGCUCUGCCAGAUUUAUGCCAUGAAGCAGGGGCAGAAGUCGAUCGUCUGCCUACCCUCAGUUCUAAAGGAAAUCUUCAGUUGAAACUUAUGUUUGGCUUUAGCUUAAAGUACAAUUGUUUAUAUCCCUCUUAUUUAUCUUAUCAUCCGCAAAUCUCUUGUUUUCUACAUAACAAAAUACGCCUUUUAGGUUUUUACUGAUAGAGGUGAUCAUUCCUCGGGCUCAACUGGGCCCUAAGGUUGGAUUACAUUUUCGCCGAA